AUGAGAACCGAUACCAGAACCGUAAAAGGAGGUUCCAAAACGUUAGGAACCUACACUGGCGUUCCAAUGAUAAGUGGUGAUGGUGAUGGUGACGGUGAUGGUGAUGGUGAUGGUGAUGGUGAUGUGGAUGGUAAUGGUGAUGAUGAUGGUGGUGGUGGUGGUGGUGGUGGUGAUGGUCAUGGUCAUGGUGAUGGUGAUGUUGGUGAUGGUUAUGGUGAUGCUGGUGAUGGUGAUGGAGAUGGUGAUGGUGGUGAUGGUGGUGGUGGUGAUGGUGAUGGUGAUGCUGGUGAUGCUGAUGCUGAUGCUGAUGCUGAUGUUGAUGGUGAUGGUGAUGCUGAUGUUGAUGCGGAUGGUGAUGCUGAUGCUGAUGCUGAUGUUGAUGCUGAUGGUGGUGGUGAUGAAAAUGAUGAUGGUUAUGGUGAUGCUGAUGGUGAUGGUGAUGGUGAUAGUGAUGUUGAUGCUGGUGAUGGUGAUGUUGGUGAUGGUGAGGGUGAUCGUGAUGGUGUUGGUGAUGGUGAUGGUGAUGGUGAUGGUGAUGAUGAUGGUGAUGUUGAUGAUGGUGAUGGUGAUGGUGAUGUUGAUGAUGAUAAUGAUGAUGAUGGUGGUGGUGGUGGUCAUGGUCAUGGUGAUGAUGAUGUUUGUGAUGGUUAUGGUGAUGGUGGUGAUGGUGAUGGAGAUGGUGAUGGUGGUGGUGGUGGUGAUGGUGAUGGUGGUGCUGGUGAUGGUGAUGGUGAUGGUGAUGGUGAUGGUGAUGGUGAUGGUGAUGGUGAUGUUGAUGCUGAUGCUGAUGGUGGUGGUGAUGAAAAUGAUGAUGGUUAUGGUGAUGGUGAUGGUGAUGUUGAUGCUGAUCCUGAUGCUGGUGAUGGUGAUGGUGAUGUUGGUGAUGGUGAGUGGUGUGGUGGUGAUGAUGAUGAUGAUGGUUGUGGUGAUGAUGGUGGUGGUGGUGGUGAUGAUGAUGAUGAUGAUGGUGAUGGUGAUGAUGGUGGUGAUGGUGAUGUUGGUGAUGAUGAUGAUGGUGGUGGUGAUGGUGGUGAUGGUGGUGAUGAUGAUGAUUAUGAUGAUGAUGAUGAUGUAGGUAUACGUGUUUAUGAGAUGCCAUCAAUCAUCCUUGUAAUCCCAAGUUUACUUCCCAAAAUGAACUCUCGUAAUGCUUUCCAUUUUUUCAGCCUUAUUAUCUUUCUGAUUACCACCACCAUCUCUUAUUCCGACAAUAAUACCGAUUAUCAAGCAUUGUUGCAUUUCAAAUCGAUGAUCACCAAUGAUUUUCCACUAAGUUCAUGGAAUGCUUCCUUUCAAUUCUGUAAUUGGAUUGGAGUUUCAUGUGGGAAACAACAAAAAAGAGUGAUAGCUUUACGACUGAAUUCACAUGGCCUUAAAGGCUCAUUAUCUCCUUAUGUCGGGAACCUCACCUUCCUUCGUGAUCUUUAUCUCACAAACAACAGCUUUCAAGGAACAAUCCCUCAUGAACUCAGUCGUUUAUCCAUGCUACGUUUCAUCGAUCUUUCCGAUAACAAUUUCAGUGGAGUCAUUCCAACGAACUUGUCUGGUUUUUCUAACAUUGAAGAGCUAAGACUUAAUAAUAACAAGCUUGUUGGAAGCAUACCCAAAGAGAUCACUUUCCUCUCGAAGCUUACCCAUUUUGUAGUCGCUGAUAAUAUGAUAACAGGUGGAAUUCCACCUGUUUUGGGGAAUAUAACAUCAAUGAUCAUGUUCUCUGUUAAAAGCAACCCGUUGGGUGGGGGUAUUCCAGACACCUUAGGCCAUUGGAAAAGCUUAACAAGAUUAUACCUUGGUGGUUGUAACUUAUCUGGAAGUAUUCCUUACUCCAUUUAUAACCUUUCACUUUUAACUAAUAUUUCCUUAGGUGAGAAUCAGCUUAUUGGUAGUCUUCCCUCAGAUAUAGGUACAAUGCUCCCCUAUCUUACGUUCGUUCAAUUACGUAAUAACCAACUGACUGGACCUCUUCCACCCACAAUAUCUAAUUGUUCAAAGUUGCGAUUUCUUGAAAUGAGUGAAAACAAGUUUCGAGGGAAGUUGACAAUCGACUUUGGGAAACUAAAAGAUAUUUAUAGAAUAAAUUUGGGUUCUAACAUCUAUGGAUUCGGAGAAGCUGAUGAUAUGAAGUUUAUUGAUACUUUGCAAAACUGCAGUAAAUUAAAGAUUUUAGAUCUUUAUAAUUGCAGCUUUGAAGGAGUGUUGCCUACAUCAAUAGGUAAUCUUACGAAUCAACUUUCUAAUCUAUAUUUAGGAGCAAAUCAUUUCUAUGGAAAUAUCCCUUCAAGUGUAGGUAAUCUUGUUGGGUUGAAUACUUUUAGUAUAGGAGAUAACCAAUUCACAGGAAAAAUCCCCUCAACCAUUGGUCAACUUCAAAAGCUACGUGAAGCUUAUUUUUUUUGGAACCAGUUUUCAGGUUCGAUUCCUGAUGCCUUCGGGAACUUAUCUUUGUUGAUUACACUUGAUUUAAGUUCCAACAAACUCGAAUCCAGUAUUCCAUCAAGCAUAGGAAAUUGUCAGCAUCUAUCGCAAUUGUACCUUAAUGACAAUAAACUAAGUGGCAAAAUCCCUAAGCAACUUCUUCAACUUUCAUCUCUAACCAUAUCAUUAUAUCUUUCUCAAAACCAUCUAUCUGGGUCACUUCCAAAAGAGGUAGGGGAACUUAAAAUGUUAUCUUCUCUCGAUCUUUCUGAUAAUAAUUUAUCUGGUAACAUUCCAAGUAGUCUUAGUAGUUGCACAAGUCUUGUAUUUUUAUCUCUCAAAGGCAACUUAUUUCAAGACAUGAUACCAUCAUCAUUAAGUUCCAUGAGAGGAGUUUCGAAACUCGAUCUUUCUCGUAAUAAUUUAUCGGGAAAAGUUCCCCGAUUCUUAGAACAGAUGGAAUUGUUAGAAUAUGUAAACCUAUCCUUCAAUAAUUUUGAGGGUGAAGUGCCAAUGGUAGGAGUGUUCGCAAAUGCAAGUGCAUUUUCAGUUGUAGGGAAUAGUAAGCUUUGUGGUGGGUUGGCUGAACUUGGGUUGCCAAAAUGCAUGGAAACCCGAAAACAUGAAAAAAAGUUUCCUUUGUACGUAAUAGUCAUCUUAAUUGUAUCUUCCCUUUUCAUCGUUUUAUGUUUUGCGUAUGUUUGUUGUAAGAAAAGGAAGGGCCAAUUGUCUCGAUCAUUGACUAAUGAACGAUUUGGAAAAGUAUCAUAUAGUCAACUUCUCAAGGCUACCAAUGGUUUCUCGAAAGAAAAUUUGAUCGGAGAGGGAGGUUUCAGUUCUGUUUACAAAGGAGUCCUUGAUAAUGAUGAUAGAUUUGUUGCAAUCAAAGUUCUUCGUCUUCAAAACCGAGGUGCUCAUAAAAGCUUCAUAGCGGAGUGUGAAGCAUGGCGGAGUAUUCGACACAGGAAUAUAUUAAAGAUAAUAAAUUCAUGUUCAAGUGUUGACUUUCAUGGCAAUGACUUCAAAGCUUUGGUAUACGAGUUCAUGCCAAAUGGGAGUUUACAUGAUUGGUUGCAUUCAAGUGCAUUUAAAUCUAGAAUGAGCGUUCUUCAAAGAAUAAAUACACUCCUUGAUGUCGCAUUUGCACUUGAUUAUCUUCACAAUCACUGCUUACAAGCCAUUGUUCACUGUGACGUGAAGCCUAGCAACAUUCUUCUAGAUGGUGAUAUGGUGGCACAUGUUGGAGACUUUGGUUUAGCUCGAUUUCUUGGAACAAAUUCAAACCAAAAUAGCACAGGUGGCAUUAGAGGGACAAUUGGGUAUACACCUCCAGAGUAUGGUUUGGGGGGUGAGAUGACAAGUAGUGGGGAUGUAUACAGUUUCGGAAUACUAUUGUUGGAGGUGAUGAUAGGGAAAAGUCCAACAGAUAACUUCUUUAACGAUGGCCUUAGCCUUCAUAAGUUUGCAUGCAUGGGUUUGUCGAACCAUAUAACCGAUGUUAUUGAUGAUGAUAUUCUGAAGUUUCUUCAAGAGGAUGAUAUUACUAAAAAAUAUAUGUUAGAAAAUUCAAAGAAGAUAGAGCAAUGUCUGGGUUCAAUUGUAAGAAUAGGAGUGUCAUGCUCCGUGCAUUCCCCACCACAUCGAAUGAAUAUUGCAAAUGUUGUCCAUGAGUUGCAACAUAUCCUGGAUGUUGUUCAAAAUAUUUGAUGUUCCAUGUUAGUUAAUAUUUUGGAUGCUAAUUGUUAAAGACAAAUGUAUUAUAGUAUUUGGUCGAUAUUGUAAUUUUGUUAUGGAAAUAU